AAAAAAAACAAGGUUGGGUUAGCAGAGAAUUAAUCCAUGGCGAAGUGUUUUCAGGCUCUUCCCCUCCUUGCCGCUGCUCUAUGCUUCUUGUCCCUCGCAGGCUUCGUCCAUUGCGACGAGCAGUUCUUCGUUCAAGGGAAAGUGUAUUGCGACACUUGCCGUACACAAUUCGAGACCAAACUCAGCGAACCCAUAUCAGGUGCGAAGGUGCGACUAGAAUGCAGGAGCCGAGAGAACGACGACGUGGCAUACUCCGUCGAGGGCGAAACUGAUACAACGGGCAUCUACAAGCUGCCGGUGGAAGGGAGUCACGAGGAAGAUAUCUGUGAAGUGAAGCUGCUGAGUAGCCCCAGGAAGGAUUGUUCUGAACCAGCUCCAGGACUGGACCACGCCCGCGUUUUGCUCAGCUCAAACAAUGGCAUUUCCUCCGCAUCACGCUUUGCCAACUCCUUGGGCUUCAUGGUGUUGAAACCUAUCGAAGGCUGCUCCGAUGUUCUCAAGGAAUUGGGUCUCCUUCCCGGAAUGAAAAUCUGAGAAAAGGAGUUAUCCAAAUCCUAUCCUUAUAUUUAAUUAAAUGAUAUAAAAAUAUUCUUCA